AUGCUGCCUCUUCUAAAUAUUCCAGCCAUGGCCUGCAGAAUUCUGCAAUCCUGUCACAGAUUGAUCCUGGCAUCUGUGUCCACACUGAUGAUCCUUGAUGUUAGUGGCGUUCUUUCAAUGGCAGAUGCAUCUAUUGUGGCUAACAAUAGUGUCUUACACGCAAUAUCGUUAGAAAACAAAACUUGUACCACGUAUGUGGCGCCGUGCAAAGAAGGCCUCCUUCUUCCAAUGUGGAAACCUCAAGGCAACCUCAGCGCUGGCGACAAAGCUGCAAGAGCUAUCGUCUACAUGGCCGCGAUGAUCUACAUGUUUCUGGGAGUGUCUAUCGUUGCUGACCGCUUCAUGGCCGCCAUUGAAGUCAUCACCUCCAAGGAGAAGGAGAUCACGGUCAAGAAACCAGGAGGAGGCACCACAGUGGUCAGUGUCAGGAUAUGGAACGAAACUGUGUCUAAUCUAACUUUGAUGGCGUUAGGCUCCUCGGCGCCGGAGAUUCUUUUGUCAGUUAUUGAGAUUUGCGGAAACAAGUUUGAGGCUGGAGAUUUGGGUCCGAGUACAAUCGUCGGCAGUGCCGCAUACAACCUCUUCGUCAUCAUAGCUAUUUGUGUUCACGUGGUACCCAAUGAUGAGGUUCGACGUAUCAAACAUCUUCGUGUGUUCUUCAUCACCGCUACCUGGAGCAUCUUCGCCUAUCUCUGGCUGUAUUUCAUCCUGUCGGUGACCAGCCAAGGCAUCGUGGAGAUCUGGGAAGCCGUCCUGACCUUCCUGUUCUUCCCCGGCACCGUUAUCACGGCCUACAUCGCUGACAGGAAACUCCUGGUCUACAAAUACCUGUCCAAAAAGUACAGCACUAGCCACACCAAGGGUGUGGUCAGGCAAACCGAAGGCUUACACGAAACGGAAAUGGCCGAUGGUAAGAUCAUCCAGAAGACGGAGGAGGUCAUCUUCAAGGGCAUUGAUCUCCAGGAUUCUGAUGUCAAGGAAUUCGAGCAGCACAGACGAGACUUUAUCGAGAUCUUGCGGGAACUGCGAAAGAAGCACCCACAUUUGGAUAUGAAGACACUGGAAGAGAUGGCAGAAUACGAGGCGGUGAACAGAGGGCCCAAGUCGAGGGCAUUCUACAGAAUUCAGGCAACAAGGCAACUAACAGGAGGCGGUAAAGUCAUCAAAAAAGCCAAAAUUGAAAGUAGAUUGAGUGAACAUGAUAUUAAACAAGAAUCAGAUACGGACAACAAGCUUACCAAAGUAUUCUUUGAUCCCGGCCACUACACUGUGAUGGAAAAUGUUGGUUCGUUUAACGUUAAUGUCACCAGAGAAGGCGGAGACUUGUCCAAAACCCUGUACGUGGACUAUCGUACUGAAGACGGCACAGCAACGGCAGGAGAUGAUUACAUUGCUGCAGAAGGCACUCUUGUCUUCCAACCUUAUGAAAAACACAAGCAGUUUGAAAUUACCAUUCUGGAUGACGACAUCUUUGAAGAGGACGAGCACUUCUACGUCCAUCUGACCAAUGUCCGGCUAGGUGACCAUGAAGGGAUGUUCAUCUCUGGCGAAGAACGGGCCCAGCUGGUCACUCCUUUCAUCGCAACGGUGAUGAUUCUGGAUGAUGAUCACCCGGGAAUCUUUCACUUCGAGGAUCGAGAGAUGACCAUCCCUGAAAACAUUGGAGAAGUUCUCGUCAAAGUCUGUAGAUCAUCCGGAGCGAGGGGUUGUGUCAGGAUUCCAUUCCACGCCAUCGACGGGACGGCCAAAUUCGGAAAGGAUUACGAAUUGGUCUCAGGGGAGAUUUUCUUUGACAAUGAUGAAGCUGA